UUUAUUUCCCUUUUGUAUCAUGAUAAAUGAUAGAAAUGCCAUGUGUGGUUCCUCAUAUAAUGAGAAAAUGAGAAAAGAAGCAGAAGGGUUUCAAAGUCUUUUCUUAACAGUUCCAGGAAUUCAGUGCACCAAGCAUGUCUAUUCAGAUUUUGUCAAGAAUGUGGCAUGCAAGUUGAAGAAAAAUAUGAACAGCAAAUAUAAUUGGGGAAAUUUGGGGCAGUGACAAAAGCAGUGUGAAAUUUCAGAUGUAAAGGUGGUUCUGCCCUGCAGGUGACCUUCAUGAAGAAGAGCUAUAGCAGUGGUAGUCAACCUGGCCCCUACCGCCCAUUAGUGGGCGUUCCAGUUUUCAUGGUGGGCGGUAGAUGUUUUGUCCGAUACUGAAGCACUUUCUUUUAAUUUAAUUGACUUUUUAAAAAAAAUUUGUAACAUUAUUUAAAAACAUUUUCAUUAGGUUUUCAUAAAAUUCUCCGUGACAAUUAAAAUUUCUGAAAAUAUACUAUUAGUAUCACCUGCACAUGUUUAGUUCAUGUUACAUAAGUGAAACUAAAUGGCGCUAUAAUGCGACCGCAAAUAAAAGAGGCUUGUCCCAGAAUAGCUCAUGCAUCUCCCCCCCACAGGGCCCAGCUGUAACAGACAAGCAGAGCUAGUAGCUGGCGCCCCCCCCCAAACCCAAUCCACGAUACACGAGAGGCAUGUGCAGAUGAUGAUACACGGCGCAUUACUGUGGAACUGGUGGGCGGUUAGAAAAUUUUACUACUAACAAAGAUACAAAAGUGGGCGGUAGGUAUAAAAAGGUUGACUACCCCUGAGCUAUAGGAAUAUUGAAUUGAGAAGAAAAGGGAUUGUGGUUUUGAGCACCAGAUCUCCAGGUUUAUUUGCAACUCCUGCUGUGAUCUUUGCUUGGAGGAGCCUCCUUGUUAGCCUUCAAUGGCUGGUGAGUGAGAGUGCACCAAGAGGCUGAUACUUUUUUUUUUUUUGGAUUUUUUUUAAUUUUUUUUGAAGCAAACCACAUAUAGUAUACUUUUGGAACAAAAAUAUCAGCCAAGUACAUAGUCAAACCGAAUUCCAUUUUUCACCACCCUCUUGUAUACUUUUUAAAAUGUAUUUCCCUUCCCCCCUUUUUAAUUUCACUAUUUGCAUAUCUCUAAUACAAAAUUUAAUCUAACCCUCUGUCCUGAAUUUAACUCUUUAAUCAAGUCUAGCCCCCCCUUUUUUUGCCCCCCUUCUUGUCUCUCCCAUCUAAAUUAAAACCCUAUAUUCCCAAUUACAAGUUUCUUUCUUUUCAGUCUUUAUAUCAUCAACAUCUAUAAUUCCAUUACGUUUCCAUAAACACAUUUUUAAAAAAAAAACAUUAAUCUUGAUUUUAUCAAAAGAAAAACAAAAAGAAAAAAACAAAAUAAUACUAGCUAACAUUCAUUAUUUCAAAAGAUCUCUUGUGUAUUUAAUUCUCAUCUCUUUCAUAUUUCCAAACAAUCUCUUAUAUAUUUAAUUCUCAUCACUUUAGAAUAGAAUAGAAUAGAAUAGAAUAGAAUAGAAUUUUAUUGGCCAAGUGUGAUUGGACACACAAGGAAUUUGUCUUGGUGCAUAUGCUCUCAGUGUACAUAAAAGAAAAGAUACGUUCAUCAACAUCAUUAGUAUUUCAAUCUUAACCUAUAUUAGUUCCCUUCUUGUUUCUCUUUAAAGUCCUUGCUUUAACAGAAUAUAUCCUAUAUUUCAGUAAAUUCUGCCUAUUUCCAUAGCUUCAAUAUCAGUCAUUUCUUUAUCAAUGAAGAUUUUAAAGUUUAUUAUUCUCAAGCUUGUAUUAAAAAAAAGCAAAAGUAAAAAGGAGCAAAUAUUUCUCUUAUUUCAAAAAGUUUCAUGCUUAUACUUGUAUAUUCUCAUCUCUUAGAAGUUUUAAUUUUAAACUGUUUCAAUUCAACAUUUAUUCACUUAAAAUUCCAUAUUUUCUUAGAUUAUCCUAUAUUUCUGUUAAAUCUCCUUUCUUCCUCUUCCCCUUUCUUUAUAUCUCUAACAACCUCUGUUUGGUCAUUUAAAUUUAUAUUUUAACCUCAUAAAUUCUUUAUUCACUGUCACUGCUAAAAACAGCUCUAGUUUAUUCUAAAUCAUUAUUUUCCAUCGAGUCUUACAGUUAUUUUUUAUAUUCCUUGCUUGAAGAUCACUUGUGUGUUUCUCUUGUUUUUAGUUGUUCUCUGCUUCAUUCUUUGAAGUUGUAGCUCUUAUUCUUGUGAAGGUCAAACAGCUUGUUGAUAGAAAGCUCCUUUGAAAUUCUCACCAUUCUUAUCUCAGUCAUAAAAGUUUUCAACAAUGACCAAGUGCUUGUAAUUCCUCUUCUGCCUUUCGAUGUCCACAAUUAGCAAAACUAUCCAUUUUGUUUCCUUUAGUUAGGGCUGCACCUUGUUUUGUUUCAGCUUAUUUUGCCCUUUUUCCAAUUUAUCCCAUUUAAAAUCCAUGACUUCAAUUUAAUAAUUUGCUUAGUUCAAAUCCAUAAAGAGUAGAGGAAAUCGGAGAUGUUCCAUCCAAGUCCAAUUUCCCCCCCUUUUUUUUUCCCUGUUUAUAUUCAUUAAUCAAUUAUUAAAAAUUUCCAGAUUGUCCAAAUUCCAGCUUCAGUUAUAAAUUCUAUUUUUCUCUUUUUGUUUAAAGGCUCUAGAUUUCAAUUUCAAAGCCAAAAUUUUGUCAGGUCUUUGGGUACUGUUUCCAUUUCUUUUAAUCAAUUGUGUUAACAGUCCUUGUCAAUUUAGCUGCUAUUCCAGGGUUUUGUAGGUUUGUUGCAAAAAUCAGUUUUGAAAUGCCUCACCAUGAGUUGAUGUUCACUCACCCGCCUUCAAUAUUUUGUCCAAUUGACCGCUUCAACCUCCUGCACAAUCUUUGUGGCCGUCCAGACUUUGGCAGCUUGUAAUGGCUGCGGUACCUCAUCGCUGGGUCAAAGGAUGAAAGGCCGGUGCUGCAGGGAAUUUGCAACUUACCUGUUCGCUCCGGCGGUUCCUUCUUUCUUCGCUGUCCCUGCAGGACAACUAUGGUCCAUUACGGACCCCCAUAACGAUGGGAUUUUUGCGCUCCCCCCGGAGCUCCCAGGGUUCAUGUCCAUCUCGUUGCGACACUGGCCUCGUCGUGACACUCCUCCAAUAGGCUGAAUUUUUUUUUGAUUUUUUUUGAUUUUUUUAAAAACAUACAAAGACAUCUUCCAUUCAAAUUUCAAUGCAAUGUGUCAGUGUGUGAAUUACAUUUUUUGUGCAAACAACAAUUAUCAUUAACUUAUUUAAUCAUCCAUUUUAUCAUCUAACUAAUCAAAUAUUUUAAUCAAUUAAUUUCUGAAUAGUCAUUCUGGAACAAUAUUUUGUAUUAUCAUCCUAUUUUAUCCAUUUUAAAACAAUUAUAUCAUUCAUUUAUAUCCAAUUCAUUAUCAUCAAUAAUUUUUAACUUAUUAAAAACAGAAAUCUUUAUCAUAAUUUCCUUUCUAACCAUUGGUAAAAUAAGUCCCAUACUUUAUAAAAUCGCUUAUCUUCCUGUUCUCUAAUUACAAACGUCAAUUUACUCAUUUCUGCACAGUCCAUUAUUUUCUUAAUAAUUUCAUCUUGCAAUGGCAAUUUCUCAUUUUUCCAAUUCCUUGCAAAUACAAUUCUAGCUGCUAAACAUAUGACGAAUGAUUAUGUUGUGGUUCGCCAGCAGCCUGCAGAGCUGACAGCUGAGUCAGACAGUGAUGAGGCUGAGGAAGAACAUGGGCCAGUCCUGGAGGCUGGCGAAGGCCUGGAUGAGGGCUCUGUGUCAGAGGCAGAGAUGGGGCCAGGUUCAUUGGGGAGUGAUGUGCAGACUCCGAAACCUCCAGAGGCUGACAGUAGUGAGGCAGAGGAACAGGAGGAGCCUGUUCUUAGUACACGCAUGAGAAGAGCUGCCAGAAGGCAAGAGCAGCUCAAGCAAAGAGGACGACUUGGGAGUAGGGCCAAUAGAUGAUUGGCCCUUUCCAUAAGGCUUAAAAUUAAAAGACCAGCAAAGGCUCUUGGGCUCUUUUGUCGUGUCCCACUCCUCCUCUGACGGCCGGGUCGGGGAAGUCCGUAUCAAGCGUGGCUGCAAAGCCUCUGCAGCUUUGCCAAAGUUCUGUCAGAGUUCUCAGGGCAGGCAGGAGACCAGGAUGUGACUUCAGCAAUCCAAGUUAGACUUUGCCUGACUCAGAGAAUGCCAGAAAGCAGAUCCUUUAUAUAGGCCAUGGGGUGUGGCUCCAUGACUCAGCACUUAUCCAGGCCUGCCCCUCCCUUCCUUUUGCUGACAUCGCCUCUCCAUUCUCCAGAAGCGUGGAUCUAUCCAUUGCAUCGUUUUGUCCCCAGCUGCCGGUAAUCCCAGCUCUUGGCUGGCUUCAGGCGCACAUGCUAUCAGAAGGAGGUUUGUUUGCUCGGUUUGUCCGGGCAUGGUGCCAGGGCUGGGGGCUGGAGGCAUGCCAGGACAUUCUUCUGUACUAUCAGUCUCUGGCUGAGAUAGCAGGAGAUGAGAAGCGCCUGGCUGCGGCAAGGGGGGGGGGGCAGCGAGGCACAACAUCUUUGUCGGAAAACAAUGUUGAUAGACUUGUUUCUUGUCUUGCUGCAUUUAUUUUUUGUCGGCAUCUUCUGCUUCUGAACUUUUGCCAAGAAAAGCCUUUGGCAGUUUGCCACAAUAGACCAAGGUUGGUGAUAAGACUGAAGAAUUUGGGUUAUGAAGAAUUUGUUUUGAUUUAGUUUGGACUAUGCUGAGAAUGAGUUAAUUCUCAGCUGUUCUAAUAAAGGCUGUUUGUUUUUGAACUGUUUGCGUCUAAUACUAUCUACUUGGGCCUGGGUCACAACAGAUUACAGGAAUUGGAUAAGUUUCAAGUAAUAAAAAGGACCAGGGGAGACAUGAUAGCAGUAUUCCAGUAUUUGAAGGGCUGCCACAAAGAGAAGGCAGUCAAUUUAUUUUCCAAAGCACCAGAGGGCAGGACAAGAAACGAAUAUUGGGAAGCAAUCUCAGUAGUUUUUUGGGAGUUCCUGAAUUAAAAGGGAAUCACUAAAAUAUACAUUGGGGUUAUUUUAUUACAGCUUCCUCUAUGCAACAGACCUUCAAGCCAAUAGCUGAAGCGGCUACUAUCACCAUCCAUACCUUAAAAAACUUCAAACACUGGACUAGCUCCUAAUAUCCAAAUCCUUUAGCAAUUGUAUAUUUUCUUCUUUUGAUUUAGAACAUACUCUCCUUCUCACAGUUCCUUUAUUUCUACUCCAAAAUAGUUUCUCUAGAUACUUGUAAUUUUGAGGCACAUAAAAAUGUUACAUGUUUUUACCACAUCAACUGUAAAAACUUUCUGGAGGAACAUCUUUGUUUGCUCUUUCAGACCUCCUUGGUGCUUCACUGAAAUCUUAGUUUCUAAACGUUUCUCUUACCUACAUUCUGACCCUGAGCUAAUCCUGGAUUUUUGUUCAGCGUGCCUGUGUGAAUGCUCAUCCACUGGAGACUCAUAACAAGCAUUACAAUUUUAGAAUUGGCAUGUACCUGUUUCCAAUUGUCAUGUUCUGAAAAAUUUAUAGAACAUGAGAUAACAUUUUUGUGUCCAUCUGUAAAUCUAUAUGCCUUUGAGUCUGAUAGAUAGCCUAUAAAUUUUAAUUUCCUUGCAUUUGGUUGUCUUGACUCCUAAUUGCCUUGGGAAUGGGCACCCACGCAUUGCUCCCAAAGAUCCUUAAAAGUGCCAAAGAUGGUUGUCUUCCAUAGAACAUGUAUCGAGUUUGAUUAAUUGCUGAACUCCAUAGUCUAUUGACCAAAUAUUGGCAGUUAACAUUUCCUCACCCCAAUACGGAUUAAUCAUUCCUGCAUCAUCUGCUAGUAAUGCAUCUUUCAUAGUCUGUAAUCCACCAUUCCUGCAUUCAGUAACUACAUUCUCUGCUGGAAUAUAGGGUUUCAUUCUUCUAUGUGUUAUGUCUUUCUUCCUGAACCACUGCUGAAACCUAUUAGACAUGAACUCUGUACCUCUGUUUAUAGUUGACAUAUCCUUUGACUGUACCUCCUCUACAAACAUUUGUUGUUGUUAGUUGCGAACUUGUGUCCGACCCAUCACGACCCCAUGGACAACGUUCCUCCAGGCUUUCCUGUCCUCUACCAUCUUCUGGAGUCCAUUUAAGCUCAUGCCUACUGCUUCAGUGACUUCAUCUAGCUACCCACUGCUUAAAUGGUUUGAGACAUUAAUAAUUACCAAAGCAAAUUUGGCCACUCCUAUUGAUAGUGAUAGAGCAGACAUUUCAAAUUCAAGGCCUGUGGAACAGUGAGCGGAUGGCCCCCACCCCCUUGGCCCUGGCCCAGCCUGGCUGGGCACUCCCCCUGCGUGUGCACACAGGAGGCGGCGAGUGCAUGGGGUCUGGAGGUGGCCAGCAGCAGUUGCAACUGAUUGACAUCACCCCAUCUGGCCCCAUCUUGCCCAGCCUCACAAAAACAAUUGCCGGGGUUGGGGGGAGGCGCCAACCAACUUACAGUGGUGGCGGAAUGCAGAAGCUAUCGGGUGGUGAUGGUGCUGGGCAAGCAGCAGAGGCUUUUGAUCAAGAACCACAGGUGGAAACUUUAGAUUCAGCUCUGUCCUUGUCUUCUGGAGAUAAAAUUGUUCUAGGAGAGCUCUCCUACCAUUACAAUGAGGCAAGCCAUUGCUGCCACAUUUGGGAAUCUGUGGUGCCUGUGCUGCUGAGGGAGAGCAAAACCUCAGGCAGGGCAGGCUUGGGCCUAAUUUUUUACUCAGUAAACAAUUCAGAGGCUUCAUUUAGAUCCCACCACCACUGCACCACUUUUGCCCACUACCAAAAUCAGCUCUCACAUGGCCAGAAUCAUAUUGCACAGGUAUGGAGGGGGGUCUAAAUGACCACAGCCUCCUGCUCACUCUAUCUUAGCUUGCCUGUGGUUGCAACAGAGCAGGCAGCCAUGCGGAGCAUUGGAAUUGUGUGCCUCCUGUUAUGUAUUUGAAUUAUUGGAGGGAAUUUUGGACGGGAAAAAGCACAUUUCUGAUUGGCUGGUGCCUCAGCCCAAAUGUGACUUAUAAGGAGGACAGUUCUGCUAUUUCAUUUGCUGGGUUCUCACAAUAAACUUAAGAGCUGUUGUCACCAAUGACUGUCUCCUGUCUCCUCAUUGCCUGACUUAACAUUGGCGACAAGGGUGGGAUGAGGUUGGCAGUGAGACCGGAAAAGAGCUGAUUUGGAAAUUAGCUUAGAACCCAGCCAGUUAUAGGGCGGCCACAUAGAAACAAAUCGAAAUGACUAACUACAUGCUGCCAGCGCCAUCUGACCUUGGCUUGUUUUGAGUGUUUCCUCGAGGCCAACGAGUUGCAAGGGGUAUCGGACAAUCGGAAGCGCGCAUACUUCUUGAGCCAUUGCGGGCCAGAAGUAUUUGAUGCCGAAUUGUUAUCGGAGCCAACACCCGUCCAAUCGCUGCCCUGGCCAGUGUUACAGACGACGCUCAGAGUGCUUUAAGCUCCGGUGCCAUCGAAGUUCGUGCAGAAAUAUGAACUCUGACAGAGAGUCCAAUGCGAAGGUAAAUCGAUCAGUGUCUACAUGGCUGCCUUAAGAAAAGCAGCCAUUCACUGCAAAUAUAGGGACCUCGAGGACUCUCUUUUAGAACAGCUCAUUUGCGAAGUAACGGACAUUCUUUUGCAGAGGCGGCUCCUCGCCAAAAUUAACCUGACACUCAAUAUUGCCCUGGAUGGAGCCAGAGCACAUGAACUUUCCACUAAAGCUGCUGAAACAUUACAGAGACCAACGUUGUCAAGUACACCCCCUAAAGCGACACUAGUCCACAGUGAGGAAAUCCAGUCUGAGUGUGACGGCGAGAGCAAGGAAGAAGUUUUCCAAACGGGGCAACCAGAAAGAAAUGACCUGGGGAGGUCAUCAACAGAGACAAAAUUGUCGGUUUAAAGAAGCCAUCUGCCGUAGAUGUGACAGAAAAGGGCAUCUAGCACAUGUGUGUUGAGCUCUCCAGCCAUGCCACCAAAAGUCCAGAGCUGAAUGUAAACCAGCCUAUCAGCAGAAUCCAAACUCUGUGAAACGGCCAGCUAUUGGCUCAAACAAAAAGGGCGCGAAGUCCAACCACACCACAGUUCGAGUUGGCCAAGCCUCAACAAAACCAGAAAAAAAGAUUUUUACAAGAGCCUGCAUAGUAGGGGUGCCGUGUAAAAUGGAAGUUGAUACCGGAUCAUCGAUCACUAUCAUGUCCUGGGACACCAAAGACCUUCCAAGUGUCGCGAAAUGCCAAUUGCAACCUCAGAGACUAAGAGUCCAGGAUUAUCAAGGAAACCAGAUCCCUGUCCGAGGCAUCACCACAGUUCGAGUAAAGUAUGGACAAUAUAAGAAAUCGCUACCAGUCACCAUCGAAGAUGAACAUUUGCCUAGUUUACUAGGUCUCUAUUGGUUCCGGGCCUUUGGGAUGGGCAUCACAGGAGUCUACAGUGUUGAAGGCGACCUGAGGGAGGAGCUGCUCCAGGAAUUUGAAGAUGUAUUCCGGGACAGCCUGGGCAAACAAAGAGGAUGACAAAAAGAGCAUUCUAGACAACUGAGAAUAACAAGCAACUUUGAAAAUGAUCCACCAAUCAAACUAUUUUUCAUUUCCUUCAAAAAACCACACAAUUCUCCCGGCAGCUGAUAGACAAAAGAGAGAAAAUCAAAUUAGAUUCUGAGCUGGAAAAAGUAGAUUAUGUGGAAGGAUACAUUACAUAAAAAGUCAAGGGAGAUUAUUUUUUCAUUCAGAAAAAAAGGGAUCUCUCUGGAAGUCAGUGGGAGGAAAAGGUCAAUUGGAAAGCCACGUAGAGCAGACAGUGAUGCAGGCCUUGAUCUGGGAGGAAAAAAAACAGCUUGAAUCAAAGCAGCAUUAAACAAGGGAUCCUCCAUAUUUUUAACCUCCUCAGGAUUAUCAGUUGUUGAAAAACUCCAUAGAUAUGCCUAUUUUGGGAAAGAUACAACUUGCAAAUCACAGCUGAUUAUGCAUGAAAGGAACCACACAAGAGAAAAACCAUACAAUCACUCUGACUGAGGCAAACCCUUUGGUCAAAACAGCUCUGUUAUGGUUCAUGGAAGGACCCACAGAGGAGAGAAGUCCUACAACUGCUUGAAAUGUGGUAAACGCUUUAGUGAGCAUGGCAAAUUGAUGAUACACCAGAGGACUCACACAGGAGAGAAAACAUUUGACUGUCCUGCCUGUGGGAAAAGUUUCAGUAGAAAUUGCCACCUUGUGAAACACCAGAGGACUCACACAGGAGAGAAACCCUUUGAAUGCCCUAUCUGUGGGAAAAGUUUCAGUCAAACCUCUAACCUGGUAAAUCACCAGAGGACACACACAGGAGAAAAACCCUUUGAAUGUCCUGAUUGUAGGAAAAGUUUCAGUGAGAAUUCCAACCUGGUGAUACACCAGAGGACUCACACAGGAGAGAAACCCUUUAAAUGUGCUAUUUGUGGGAAAAGCUUCAGUCACAGUUCCAGCUUGGUGAUACACCAGAGGACUCACACAGGAGAAAAACCCUUUGAAUGUCGUGAUUGUGGGAAAAGUUUCGGUCAGAAUUCCCACCUGGUGAAACACCAGAGGACUCACACCGGAGAAAAACCCUUUGAAUGUUCAGAUUGUGGGAAAAGUUUCAGUCAGAAUUCCAACCUGGUGAAACACCAGAGGACUCACACAGGAGAGAAAACAUUUGAAUGUCCUGAUUGUGGGAAAAGUUUCAUUACUAAUUCCCACCUUGUGAGACACCAGAGGACUCACACAGGAGAGAAACCCUUUGAAUGUCCUGAUUGUGGGAAAAGUUUCAGUCAGAAUUCCAACCUGGUGAAACACCAGAGGACUCACACAAGAGAGAAACCCUUUGAAUGUCCUGAUUAUGGGAAAAGUUUCAGUAAGAAUUCCAACCUUGUGAAACACCAGAGGAUUCACACAGGAGAAAAACCAUUUGAAUGUCCUGAUUGUAGGAAAAGUUUCAGUGAGAAUUCCAACCUGGUGAAACACCAGAGGACUCACACAAGAGAGAAAUCCUUUAAAUGUGCUAUUUGUGGGAAAAGCUUCAGUCACAGUUCCAGCUUGGUGAUACACCAGAGGACUCACACAGGAGAAAAACCCUUUGAAUGUCCUGAUUGUGGGAAAAGUUUCAGUCAGAAUUCCCACCUGGUGAAACACCAGAGGACUCACACAGGAGAAAAACCCUUUGAAUGUCCUGAUUGUGGGAAAAGUUUCAGUCAGAAUUCCAACCUGGUGCAACACCAGAGGACUCACACAGGAGAGAAACCCUUUGAAUGCCCUAUCUGUGGGGAAUGUUUCAGUCAAACUUCUAGCCUGGUAAAUCACCAUAGGACACACACAGGAGAAAAACCCUUUGAAUGUCCUGAUUGUGGGAAAAGUUUCAGUCAGAAUUCCUACCUUGUGAUACACCAGAGGACUCACACAGGAGAGAAACCCUUUGAAUGUCAUGAUUGUGGGAAAAGUUUCAGUCAAAACUCUAGCCUGAUAAAUCACCAGAGGACACAUACAGGAGAAAAACCCUUUGAAUGUCCUGAUUGUGGGAAAAGUUUCAUUACUAAUUUCCAACUUGUGAGACACCAGAGGACUCACACAGGAGAGAAACCCUUUGAAUGCCCUAUCUGUGGGAAAAGUUUCAGUCAAAACUAUAACCUGGUAAAUCACCAGAGGACACACACAGGAGAAAAACCCUUUGAAUGUCCAGAUUGUGGGAAAAGUUUCAGUAAGAAUUCCAACCUGGUGAAACACCAGAGGACUCACACAGGAGAGAAACCCUUUGAAUGACCUGUUUGUA